CAGAGUAUAAACUGAUCGAAGAGGGGAGAAGAAAAAAAAAUCCUCGAAGUCACAAAGACCUCUGCUGCUGUUAGAAACACCUGUGGUUCCGACUUCUACCCGUAACCUCCAAAGUCUUCUCAAAAUGGCCGUGAUGCUGAAGCCAUGGACGGUGCUGGUGGCCGUAGUGCUGUGUGUGCUGGUGUGUCUGGGAACGCUGGCGGACGCCUACCCCCCGAAACCUGAGAACCCCGGUGAAGACGCCCCACCCGAAGAGCUCGCCAAGUACUACACCGCCUUGAGACACUACAUCAAUCUGAUCACCAGGCAGCGGUACGGAAAACGUUCAGCUCAGGAGGAUGUGGUUGCAGAGCUGCUGUUUGGUGGCGAUAACAACAGAGACCAGAGAUCAAGAUAUGAUGACUCCUAUAUGUGGUGACUCGGCCACCCCUCUCCCUCCUCAUCUGGCAUUCCUUCUGGGAGCAUCCCACAAUGCACCUGGAGGGGCCGACAUGUG